AACAAGCAAAGCUGCGGAUCACGGGAUUCCCUCCUUGGCUGCCCCUCCUUUCUUUUUCUUGUCUAUUAGUAUUAAGAAGCCAUUCCUCUCCAUCGGUCCCCAGUGUGCUGUAUAUUUGCAUCGUGAAAGCCCUCUAUUGUCUUCCAUAGACACACAUUGUGCCGUAGGAAUGGAUGAUCUUCAUGAUGAACCCCGCAUAAGCUUCCCGACCCUCUUGACCGAUGGGCCAAGCGCAGCUCAACCCGAGAAAGGCUGUCGGUAACUCAUCGGCUCUGGCAACUCAUCGCUUCGCACUUUCGGCAAUUCGGUGGGGAGCUUAAUAAUGGGGUCAACCAGCUGGCUCAUGGCUCAUUUAUGCUUCGGCAACUCAAUUGAGUCUGACUAGCUAGCCCCGCUCCUUUAUUUUGGACUUCAGUCAGUGGUUGCUACGAAGUAUUGAUAAGCUGCUUGCAGUCCCAUCAAGGUACUGGAUUUUCUCGUAAACUCUUCUACAUUACUUCGCUCCAGCAAUUGGUCACUUAGAGCCUUAUUUUCAUUCAAACUGAUCCAUCAUGGCCACCAACAACGACAUGGAAUACGUCCGCCUGGGAAACUCGGGACUGAAGAUCUCCAAAAUCAUUUUAGGCGCCAUGUCCUAUGGCGCCAAACAGUGGCAAGAUUGGGUUCUAGACGAGGAAGAAGCUCUCCCUUUGAUUGAGCAUGCUUACAAGCGCGGAAUCAACACAUGGGAUACGGCUGAUGUCUACUCCCACGGCCGUUCCGAGGAGGUCAUUGGCAAAGCCCUGAAGAAGUUCUCUAUUCCCCGUAACCGGGUUGUCAUCCUGACCAAGUGCUACUUCGGUGUGGAUGACCAAGGCAACUUCCCUCCGAUUUCUGCUUCCGGUGCUAACGACGGUGAUUUCGUCAACCGGGUCGGCCUGUCCCGCAAGCACAUCUUCGACGCCGUUGACGCCAGUGUCGAGAGACUGGGAACCUACAUCGACGUGCUGCAGAUUCACCGGCUGGAUCGCGAUACUCCCCGUGAGGAAAUCAUGCGGGCUCUCAACGACGUGGUUGAAAGCGGCAAGGUCCGAUACAUCGGAGCUAGCACGAUGGCUGCGUGGGAAUUCCAGACCCUCCAGAACAUCGCCGCCCGCAAUGGCUGGCACCAGUUCAUCUCCAUGCAAAACUACCACAACCUAAUCGCCAGAGAAGAAGAGCGCGAGAUGAUCCCGUACUGCCGUGACACCGGCGUGGGCCUGAUCCCCUGGUCGCCCAUGGCUCGUGGUGUGCUGACCCGCCCGUGGGGCUCUCGUUCUACUGUGCGUGAGGCGACAGACGGGGCACUCAAGUUCCUCAUCCGCAGCCGCGAGACGGAGUCAGACAAGGCUAUCGUCGACCGUGUCGAAGAGAUCGCUAAGAAGAGGGGUAUCAGCAUGGCCCAGGUGGCCAUCGCUUGGUCGCUGAGCCAUCCCAAUGAGAACCCGAUUCUUGGCCUCAACAGCAAGGAGCGCAUUGACGAGGCUGUUGCCGCUACCAAGGUCAAGUUGACUGAUGAGGAGAUUAAGUACCUGGAGGAGCCUUACAUCCCUAAGGCUAUCACUGCUCUGGACCGGUAAAGGUUAGAAUAUGAUCAUCUAAUCAAUGUCACUAUAUACACAGUAAAAUCAAUCUGUUCAGUCACACAAAUGAGCUACCAUUCAUAUAAUCCAAUUGCAAUGACAUAAAGGACGA